AUGACGAAACGCUCACUCAGCCCUGACCCAGCGUCCACAACACGUCGCAUCAAGCCCACCUCCAUCGAAGGGAGACCGUUCAAAAUUAUUAACCUCAAUGAUGGUGACCUAGUGCACCAAACUUGUGUUGCGGUCCAUGGCGAGUGCCAGGAGUUUGGAUAUGCCGCGGAUACCAAUUUCGUGUCUGUCUCAUCUUCUAACAUGCUCAACCAGGCACAGACAGUCAACCACUGGCCGUUGAACAAAGGGCAUUGGAAGGCGCUUGUGAUGCUUGCACCGGGGACCAAUACCCUCGUCUUCAAGCUGCAUCAUGCCGGCGGAAUCUCUGCUUCCUUGGAGAUCACAGUAACCUAUAUCCCUCUGCUACAACUCCCCCCCCUCCAUCUCGCGAUGCUUGUUGCGAAGGAUUCGCCGCUGCUCAUCGAUUGCCCACCAGCCAAGUAUGGGGGCAUCUCAACGGCCCACAGCACCAUCGAUGCGGCCAUUGCUAAGCUCCGGAUGUCGGCAUAUAUGUGGCAGGCUCUUACAGCCGAGGACUUCCGUCAAAAGGGAUUGGGGAGACGCUCAUUUCGCCUGGAGGAGGAGUGGUCCGCCAACACGACCAUACAAAUGGGGCAUCGAGCGACCCCUGGCACCAGUACGCAUAUGGGAGCUGUUCCAAAAGUCCACAUUAUCCGGUCGGAUAAGACGGUCGCAGAGCUCAGGGAUGCCAAUGUGGCCCAACAGAAUCCUCGAGGGCGGGAUCGAGACGCCUUGCAUGGAUACUUCGAGGCGGCCCUUGCUAAGUCAGGGCCCCCGUUCGAGUCAAGCUGCCGUCCAGUAGUGGCCGGCUUGAUUCUGGACGCGCAUUACUCUACGGAACAAUCCAUGAUCAUGGGCCAUGCCGCGCUGGGUUGCCACAAACCCGAUGGCAUCUCCUUGGGCAUCUUUGGUAGUCAUCUCACCUACUCUUGGCCACGUUUCCUCGAAGAAGUUCCUUCCUGUCUGACAGAUACGACACCCACGGGUGACACCGUCGGCAAUGACAACGGUGAAUGCGACACCAUGCGCGGCGCCUGUUUUGUCGGCCAAGGGGCCUUCCUGCACGAGGUGGGCCAUGCCUUCGGCGCCGGACAUACCACGGGGAUCAUGGCGAGAGGGUACAGCCAAACAUGGGGGAUGAAUUUCGUCGCGCACGAGACAAAUGGCGCGGCAGAAAACGAUGCCAAAUGGGAUCUGCAAGAUGCGCUGAAGUUCAAGUUGCUGCCGCACUUUGCACUUCCUGGUGAUGAACCCAUGUCAAAGGACCUUCGCGUUGCCAGCGUCAGAUUUGAUGUUGACUUCGGCUUGAACGACGAAGCUGUUAUGGUGAUGGAGGGGGAACAACCCAAGGAGGGCCUCAAGGUAUCCUGUAUGGCAGGCCUUGCGCAAGUGAAAUUUGAGAAUGGGCCAAACGAUCCUGUCAUCCAUGAUUUUAUAGGUGAUGCUUAUCAGAAGAGUGCUUGCACACUACUUACCAUUGACAAUGUUCGAUCAGAGUUCGAUCAGAACCAACCGGUGAAAAUCACUGCCAUCGGUAUGAAUGGUAAGGUGGGCGUCGUCAAGGACCUAUGGGAGAUGCUCAAGGAGAGACCCUAUAUCACCAUCCCGGGCAGCAAUGUGACUCUUCGCAAACAAUCCGUUCGGUCUGCGGAUCUUAAUGCAAGCAAUCAUGACGAUGAGUUUAUCAAGUGGGCCAUGCUCCUUCACCGACGCGGCCAAGAUGGCCAGCUGCAUCGUGCGACAUCGAUCGACCUUCGGGUGGGAUGCACUAUGGAUGGGGCAGUCGUUUACUACGCUGAUGGGUCGCAGGCGAAUUGCGGUCCCAGCCAUCCUCAUCAGUUUGGUGGACACGCAUCAGAAAUCCAUGAUAUCCCCGCCGGGGAGACCAUCACCAAGGUUAAGAUAUGUCGGAAUGAUGACGGAUGGAGGAGCUUGGCAGGCAUCCGUAUGACUCUGAGCAAUGGAGAUGAAUGGGGCCAUCUCAACCACUAUGAAAGCGACAGUGAAGACGAUGAGGACGAUGAGUCGGUCGUCACUCUCGAACCAGCCGAAGAUGAGGUCGUUGUCGGCUUUUACGGCCAGAGUGACUCGGCUAAUGGAUAUACAUUUGAGUUCGGAAUUUUGACGGCCCCCCUGGGAGUGGAUCUGCCAGCUAAUAUCUAUGAUUUGCCUGAAUUCAGGAAUAAAUAA